AGGAGAACAUUUUUACAUUUUGCGCUAUUAAAAUCCGGUGCAAAGAUGCCGAUGUCCGUAAAAGAUCGAGGAUCUAUAUUGAAACGCCACACUAGGAAUAUCACAAGUCUUGGAGUGGACGGGCAAGCUGGCUCUCGUAGGAUAACAGGCCAAAUAAUCAGAGAUACCUACAUGCCCGAUUCGAAAACGGUGCUAGAUCCAAAAGCACAGAUUACUCGGACACAGCAAAGGAAAGAAGCUAACGCCAAUUUGCCAUGGGAGAAGCGAAGAUGUCUGCCAAAAAAGGAGCAUAUGCAAACCAAACGGGAGAUCGCGAUUGCCAAGUUCAAGAAUAUUGAUUUCUCGCACUCGGAUCCACAGCUGACCGUACAGACUCUAGAGUUUCCGGAUGCCAAUAUCAAGCGCACAGAGAUCGAUACACGGGAUGAAUGUGGCAAGCGGGUUCUGCCCACGAAAACGGGCAAAGAUUUGUCCACCUCGAGUCAGCCCGGCUUUCGUGAUGGGGUUUUCACGGUCAAUAUGCAGCCGAGGAGCUGCACCUCCACCAGCAUACCAGGCUGGCCAGCCACAACGAGAAAAACUACGCAACACUCCACCUCAAGCAACCGAAGUGAAGUUAACUCACAGGAAAUGAUUGAUUCGUAUCAUGUGCGAUCGUUGGGGCCAAAGCAUUUAAAGGGUAAUCAGUGGAAGAAGCCCUGCGAGGCUAGCAAUGUGGUCGGAGCACCUCUGCCGCAUAUCGGACGUUGUCCGAAAAAUUAUCAGCAGUUGUCGAAACUGUCGCCGAUGCGGCAGAAGUUCUUUCUCACACAGGAUCCGCGCAAGACGCACUGUCUGGUCAACCCGAGUGCGUUGCGCCACAAGCAAUUGACCGAGGAUCAGCAGUUCAAGCUGACCAACAAGAUGGUCAAGCAUGGUGAUAAUGUGUGCGCUAGCACCGGUUCUGAGUCAUCCGAUACGCAUAUAUGCGAGGUUAUUGACUUGGAAAAUCCAGUCAACUUGGACUUUCAGGGCAUGGACUAUAAGAACACCUACGAGAAGGACGAACAGGAACAGCAGAAUCAGCAGACCUACUGGCGUGUCCUACGCUACAUGCAGAGACGUCGUACCAAGAAGCAUACCGAGCACAAGGUGGAGGCGGAACUGCAUGCGGAUCGCCUCGCAAUACCGCCCGUAUUCAAUACGAAAAUUAAGGAUGAGCCCAUCGAGGAGGCAUUGCCUUCGAAGGAUCCUAAGCUUGCCGAGCUGUUUCGCUCACCUGACAAGCCCAGCAACAGAGACAAGAUUGACGAGGAGCAAAAGCGACGUGAGGCACGCUACAAGGAUAUUUAUCUGCGCAACAAAACCCGAAAGGCUAUACGGGAUUCAGAGCGUAUAAAAGAAAUGGCAGCAGCUAAGGAGAUUGAGGCACGUACCGUAGCCGAGAAGGAUCUGCGCGAUGAUGUGGCCAAAAUUGAUGAUGCCAUCGAGCGAAGCUUCCGAAAGUUCGAGUACAUUUCGCCGGUGAUAAAUAAACGAAAGUUCUUCCCAAAAACGCUGACGGAGACGGAACGCCUGAAGGCCAUCAUGCACAAGGAGAACUGUGUGCGCAAGGAUCUGGCAAAGGUAGAGCAGGAGUUCUUUUUGGAGCGCACGGGUAAAGUAAAAAAGUUUCCCGAUGCUGAGCAGAAUCUGGCCUGUGAGGCAAGCAUCGAGGGUAGCGUAGGUUCUACGCCCAGCGAGCAGAGCAGCGAUGACGAAGACUAUCUCAAGGUGGGCAAAAUCGGCGACAAAUUCCAGCUGCGUGGCUUUCAUUUUAAGCAUGGCGACGGUAUGCGUGGCAAACUGCACCGCCAUCAGAUCAUGGAGGGUCAGCGCACCGUCAAAGGUUGCCUAACCCGUGACGAGUGGCUCAAUCAGCUCGCGCCGCGCAAGGAGCCCAUUAAAUUGGACGUUGAACGGGGCAUUGUCAAGGUACUUGAUCCAGACGAUCCCAAACUGGAUCUGUUUCCACCUGAACCGAUGCUGCUGCACAAACGCGAGAAGAAGAGCGCCAUCAAGGAGUACAUUGACAAGCGUCUGGGUCUCCACUAUCAUCGUGUGAUGCACAAGAAUCUGAAGCUGGUCAAGCCCCCGCUGAGAUUCCAUGUCAAGAAGUUUAAUCUCAUUCGCUAUGUGUUUCCCGAAAAGAUCAUUGUGCCGGAUGCACCUGAUCUCCUCGAAGCCGAUAUGGUUGACGCUUCCAAAGUGGAAACCACCCUCGAGUACAUAGCACUAAAGGGCAAAGUGGCCAAGGCGAAGAAUCUCAAAAAGAAGCUGGCACGCAUGAAACUCCUGGGUCUAACCUGUGUGGAGGCGAAACAAUUGCGCGAACAGUCCCCAUGCGAUGUCAAAGAGGAGACACUCGAUAUGGACUGGGUGCCGCCACAAGAGCCGGUCAAAGCGCCAGAGUCCAUAAGCUACGAUGAGGUGGAAGAGGCCGAGUAUCAUCGCAUGAUGGGCGGUAGCGAGCAUGUGCCCCUCGAGAUGCGGGGAAACAUGCCGGCGCCAAAGUUCCGAGAGAAAACACUACUCAUACAUCCGAGGCGACAACGUGACUAUCUCGCUGAGAGACGACCAACGAGUACGUUUAUUGAAGGUAUUCGCAAGUCGGGUAUGCCACUGCUGGAGAAGAUUGCGCCGGAUAACAUCAAGUUUGCCAACGUGCGAACCAUUAAGCGUCCCUACACGGCAAAGUUCGAAGCGCGACAUCAUCAUGAUCACUGGGACCCGACUCAGGUGAAAAACGUUCAUGUGCACUACCAGACGAAGACCGUCUACCCGAAGAUCACGGUGCAAGAGCAGCCGGAAAGGGUGCCAAUUGUAAAUUUCAUCAACGCAAAUCCGCCAUGUAAGCAAUACAUGAACACCGACUUGACAAUGCCGAGAUACGAUUUCGAUAGCAUGAUCGCUAACCAUUUGGCAGCCACGCGCACUGAUAGCAAGGAUGGAGCGCGGGAGAUUGUGCAGGAUCUGUGCCAUGCGCAUGACUUCAUCUUUCACUCACGCGAUCCCCAGGAGCUGACGACUCUCGAUUUUCCGGGACGUCGCCAGUAUCUCGACUUUUUGCAUGAGACUCGUGAGGCAUUGUACGAGACGAAGGACAUUGAACCGGGCGAGGAGCAUCUUCUGGUCGACCGUAAGGCGAUUGUCGCCGAGCUCGAGGAGGAUUUGAAAAGCAUUGAGGAAUGCCUUAGUUCGCUGAGUAGCUCGGAAUGCACAAAUCUCACCAAAGACAGCGGCAGCUUCCUACUGCUCGAGGAUGAAACAAAGAUACCUUUGGACUAUAUACGCAAACCACUAGUGCCCUUUGAGGAAAUGCGUCGCUCUCGCUUCCAGGCGGAAGUCAUAAAUGUAGAUGCUGAGGAGGAGAAUCCAUAUCGCAUGCUGCCCUUCUCCGGGCAACACAAGGAGCAGGCAGCCAUGCUUGGCCCCAAAGACUCCUUCUUCACCUUUAACUCGCGAUUGCGCAACGGAUUGCGCCUUAGACUUGAGGUACCUGUUCCGGAUGUGCGUAAGACUCUGCUGGGACCCGGCCCAACAAAAUACUUUGGCUCUGUAAUUACUGAUCUCGAUGAGAAUUAUAUAGAUGAGCUGAAAAGUCGUGCAACUGUCAAAAAUUUUAACUUCAAGACGGGCGUGGAACUAUUAAAGGUUGCAAUGCGUCUAAAAUAUGAAUCGCUAUUGAUUCAAGGCAAAAUGGUGCGCACCAAGAUCUAUGAUACUCUAAAUGAGCGCCACUGGCUUGACAUGAAGAACACAAGCCUCCUCUACGAGGGCCUCUUUGCCAAGUGGGAGAAGAAGGAAUACAACGCGGCCAUGACGCAGGUGUAUCAAGUGAAGACCUACUACGAGAUAACCGAUAAGAUGAAGCAGGAAUUCCGCGAGCUGGAACGCGAACUCACCAUGCUCAACAUGGACAUUGUGUUUAUUGAGGGUCACUGGAUACGUUGCGUCAUGUUACAGAAUUUCCACUACCUUCUAGGCGAAGAAGAAUGGCGCGCCGAGAACGAUUGGAUCCAUCGGGUGCCAGUAAAAAAGAGAGGCAAGUUUGGCGCUGAAGAGGUCGAGCAACCCAUUGAACCUAUUGCUCCCGAAGAUGAUGAGGAUGUUGAGUAUGAACUGGAACCGUAUGAUCAGUCCAUUGCCAAGCGUACCAUUGUCAACAUUCGUGUCCGGGACAAAGAUGAUGCCUGGGCCAUACGUGACUUUUACUAUGAUGUCUACAUGCGGAAUUUGCAUCCCGUGCUGCAGGUAUUUCCCAAUGCCGAAGCUUUUCUCCAGGGCGUUGACAAUUUGAAGAACAAGACUUUUAUGCUGCUGCUGGAAAUGCACUACACACUGUCCAUACACACAGAACUGCAGGGAAGGCUGGAGACCUUUGUGGAUUGGUGUAACAAGGAUCUGAAGGAAAAACAGGAGUAUGUGGCUCGCAAGUCCGUCAGGAAGUUCUUUAUGGAGGAUCGCGCUAUUGAGAUGGAGGCACGUGUAAGAACCUACUUGGAAAAGCCAAUUGAAAACUCCUUUGCCAACGAGGAUUUCAACAAGUAUCGCGGCUUUUUGGCCGAAGUCUGGCGUCGCAUUGUGCCCGCCACAGUGCGUGGAUCCAGUGAUGUGAUACCACUUGCCUCGGACAUGGUGGCCACCAUCAGCACCGUUGUAUUGGAAUUGCUCUCCAAGUUUGAGCGCCUUGAUAUUGAGAAGAUGCGCGAACUGGAGAUGUCGUUGCGCAAGCGACGUCGCUACCUGGAGAAGCUCUCCGCACAGGCCUACCAGAUAGAGCGACGUAUCGAUAUGGAAAUGAAAAAGGUGCGACGAAACCUGGAGCCACCCUUCAAGAAACCCAAGAAAGUGGGUCCCCUCCAGCGGCUGCACCUCAGGAAGCGUGUCAAAAAGAUUAUACCUCCGCCUGUGAUUAUAUCUGAGAAUACCAAAAACUUUGUGCGUGCAUUUGCCGAGGAUGGUGUGGUUAGUGAGGGUUUUAACCAGGACUCUGUAAUGGUCGUGGACAAUAUGCAGGAACAGAUUGUGCCCUUCUAUUUCGAUCAUUUCCUAAAGCUCAAUGGCUACACGCCCAAUUAUAAUUUCAAGACAAAUAUCGAGAUGCGUGAUGGACCCGAGAUUAAUCGAUUUCGUAUUCGCGAAAUUAUCCCAGAUGUGCUCCAAAAGGUCGAGAAUUGGGAGAAUAUGCACAGGAAGAUCAUGGAAGACAAUAUUCAACGCAAUCCCAAGAUGUACGAGAAUGUUAGCUAAUUGAUUCAACUCAUUUAAUCAAAAAAUUUAAAUCUAUUCAAAGUUUCCAGUUAUAGCACUUGUAAAUAAAAUUGCAGGUAUUCAAAGCUCA